AUGGCUAGUACUUCGUCUGUUAGGCCUAAGAAGAAUGAUAAGGCAAAAGAGGAUAUAAUGAGUAAGCUACCUGAUUCACUUAUAACUCACAUUCUCUCUUUGCUCCCAACAAAAGACGCGGUUCGGACAAGUGUGUUAUCUAAAAGAUGGAUAGAAAGCUGGACAUUAAUCACGAAGAUGGAUUUUGAUGACACUGUGUUUUACUCUCGCAAGAGGAAGAAAUCAAGUGGCAAACAAAACUUUAUAAACUUUGUCUACAGAACUCUUAUUUUUGCUAAGGUUCAUAAUGUGGAAAGUUUUGGAGGUAUAUCACAACCCAUUGUUCUCUCAAAUCCAUCGGCAGCCAGUGACACUUUUGUUAAGAUUAUGUUGCAUAGGGAUGGGAGUUAUGUUCAAGAAACUGGAUCACGCACUUGUCUCCUUCUCAAACAAUUUAGUCAAGCGAAGCGUAUCAAAUUUCAUGGAUCAGAGGUUCUCACAGAAGCAAAUAUGUUUGUUCUACCAAGAUUUUCAAUGUUGAGCCAUUUGGAUCUUGACAUUAUCACUGGUGAAGUUCUGUUGAGCUUACUUCAAAAGUCUCCUAAUCUCAAUACUCUAGUUUUAAAGGAAAUAUCAACAUUCAACGAAGAGCUUCUGAAUUCUGCUGCUGUGCCCGAUUGUUUGGCAUCAAGUCUCCGAUUUGUGAAAUUUGGAAGUGUCCGUGGAUCCCAGCCUGAGUUGUUUUUGGCUAAAUAUUUUAUGGAAAAUGGCAUAGUGCUUGAGAGGAUGAGUUUCCUUGUCAAUGUAUGGCGGCUGAGUAGUAAAUCUAAGGCCAUUGAAGAAUUUAAGGAGAAGCUGUACGGAUUUAAGAAAGGAGGCUCUUUUGCUAUACUUGAAUUUUAUCAUUAG